GAGGACUCCAAUCCACUGAACUUCCCACAGGUGGACUCCAAUCCACUGAACUUCCCACAGGUGGACUCCAAUCCACUGAACUUCCCACAGGUGGACUCCAAUCCACUGAACUUCCCACAGGUGGACUCCAAUCCACUGAACUUCCCACAGGUGGACUCCAAUCCACUGAACUUCCCACAGGUGGACUCCAAUCCACUGAACUUCCCACAGGUGGACUCCAAUCCACUGAACUUCCCACAGGUGGACUCCAAUCCACUGAACUUCCCACAGGUGGACUCCAAUCCACUGAACUUCCCACAGGUGGACUCCAAUCCACUGAACUUCCCACAGGUGGACUCCAAUCCACUGAACUUCCCACAGGUG